AUGGCUUCUCAAAUUGAGUCAUUUUUUUCAGAAAUAGAAACAUUAAUUGAAUUUCAAUUAGAUGACGGAAUUCAAACUCAAGAGCAAGAAAUUACACAAAAAUUUGCUGAAGGAAAAGCUUUAAUUGAUAAAUUAGAAGAGGAAGAUGAAGAACAACAUGGUUCUUAUAAAUAUCGGUAUCAUUCAACCUAUGCAAGUUAUUUAAAAACGAUUAAUAGAGUAAUUGAGGCAGCCAAGCAAGAAAAGUUAUUGGAAAAAUAUAAACGAUAUGGAUCAAAGAGAGUAGAUAUCGAUGAUGAAAAUGAAUCCAUGAUGUUUAUAAAUGAUAAAUCAGACUGUCAAUCCUCUAAUUCUGGCAAAAAGGACCUAGAAGAAUCAAUAAGAAAAAGACUGAGAGAAGAUCUUUUAGGAGAAGUAGCUAUUGAACCUAUCAGAAUAGCUUUUGAAAAUUUAAACGAAAUACCGAACACCUUUGAAGAUUAUCAUAAAAUCAGUGAUGGUAAAUCAAAUCAGUCAGAGAUUGAACAAAUAAUGAUGAACGUAAGUGAUCGUUUAGUAGCUUUAAAAGAUUUAAAAGAAUUUGCAACUCAGUUCACCAGUCAAACAGUUUAUCCGAGAAGGUUGGAUUUUAUAUACAAUACUUUAAAUUCACCUAAUAAGAAAGCUAUUUUAUUCAGCAACAUCUUAUUUACAAAAGAUGGAGUCAAUAAACGUUUUAAAGAACUUGCUUCGUGUUUUCAUCCCGAUAGUUCCAAUGUUUCAAAUAGGCUUCACAAAGACGACCAAUAUCUUAGUACAGAUCUCUUUAAAAUUAUUCUAGAAAUUAAAGAAAAUCUAUUGGAUAGCUUGGCAAAAACUUCAAGAUCCAAAGGCGAACUUGAUUUUCACGAAAAAAGGGCAAAUAAGCAUUGUAAUAUUGCGAAUGAUUAUCGUAGUGCCUAUAAUAAUAAUUGGAAUAAACUAAAAAUAUUAAAUAAAGAUGACGUUAAAGAGGUUCCCCGUAGAGAACUAAAACUUUUAAGCGUAUAUUAUGGAAAAUUAGCUCACGAAGAUUAUCGUGCUGCUUGUAAAGUUGCAGAUAUAACUGGAGAAUUAAAAAAACAAAUAAAACUACGAGAAUACAUGGCAAUAUGUUCAUACAUCUCCGACCGCUUCUUGGAAGCUCAAUUAUACGCUUUAUCAGCAAUUCGAUUAAUUUACCAGCAUUCUAAAGAUAUCUCUAAGGAAGAACUGAUCGAAGCGAAAAAAAUAUUUGAUAAAAUUAAAGGUGAAAAGUCUCAAUUAAAUACAGAUAUUAAACUGAAAAACGAUUUAGGUAAUUCACAAGCUUUAGUUAAAGUAGUAAAGGAUGGUGUGUCCUUUUUAGAAAUGAAUGCUAUCCAAAGUUCUAUCGACGAUGAUUUAAGAAAGAUAUCGGUUGAAUUAAUGUUCAAACCAGAUCGUCAAAUUAUUAACUAUCAAGCCUCUGAAAGAAAUAAUUUGCACGCCAAAGAACACUCUUUAAAGCAUAAACUUGCUGGAGUUGUAACCAUAGCCAGUGCUACAUUAACUACAUUAACAGUCGUAAAAAUGGCAUUAUUUUUGCCUUUCAUAGGAAUUCUAGGAUUACCUCUAUUAGGGUUAAUGUACUUCGUUGGGAGACAAGGUAACCAAUUUUUAGAUGAGCCAAAAAUUCGUGGAAAGCUCAAUCAAAUUAUAAAAGAUGCAUUAGCUGCUUAUGAUGAAGGAGAUUAUCAAAAAUUUUUCAACUUGCUUUCUGAGGAAUACAAAAAGGAUACAAGUAUCAUAAAAUUAAAAGAACGUUAUGACAAUAUUAAUCCUGAAAGUAUAAUAGAUUCACUUUUAAGUCACGGUUUUAGAUCUGAUGGCAUCGCCUAUUUGUUAAAUUUGAUAGGUGAGGUGUUAAGUAGCGGGAAAAUAAAAAUUUCGGGCAUAGAUAGAACACAAAAUGAAUUACAUGCGAUGGGGAAACUUGUUUUCGAAGGUGUACUAAGCAAAAAACUUCUGAAAGAAGCUAAAAUAUUGGAAAUGCGCAAUAUUGCAAGACUCAACCUCGCAAUUUUUGAUAUAUUGAAUACUGACAAGGAAUCAAUUACGAGAGUAAGCAACACUAUUAAAGAAAUUAGAGAAUCAAUAAGCAAUAAUUAUCAAUUUUCUGGUUCAGCCGAAUCACGCCUCGAAGUUUUAGAAGAUUUUUUGUGGAUUAUGAGCGGUGAAGUGCCUAGAACUCCUUCAGUUUAUUUUAUAAAAUCGGCUGAAGAACGAACAACCGAAAAACGUGAUAAAAAAUACAUUGAAUAUUUAAAAGAAAAAUUACAAAUGGUAUUCGACGAUAACGAAAGAAUCGGCCUUCAUACUAAAUUGGCAGACUGCCUUGUGAAAUUGGCCGAAGAAGAAUGUAAAGUCGACUUGUUAAACAGUUUAUGUAACUGGCAAGAUGCUCAAGAGCAUUAUGAAAAAGCACGUGAAAUAGACCCCAAGAAUCAACAUGCAACACUUGGUUUUGCAAAAUGCCUAUUAAAUUUAACACAAUAUAAUCAGCUUAUAAAACUUCUUGAUACAAGCCCAGAUUUAACUUCAUCGGCCGAGUAUUGGAGAUUCUGUAGUAUCGCUUGUUGUAAACAAAUAGAAUACGACAAAGCUACGGAAUGUAUUCUUGAAGCAUUGAAACUAGAUCCUCAAAGCAUCUUAGCUAUGAAACAGAAGGAACACCUUGAUAGACUAAGAGUAUACCGUAAUGAUCGUAUUAAUCAUUAUAAUAAAAAAAUAUUUGACGUAGAUAACUUAAUUAAAAAUUCACAUCAUGGUAAUGAUGAAUCAAUUUACAGAAUUCUCUCGAUUGACGGUGGUGGUGUGCGCGGCAUAUUACCAGCCUUAUGGCUCAGUGAACUAGAAUAUCGAGCACACAGACCCAUUUCUCAACUAUUUAAUAUGAUAUCUGGAACCUCUACAGGUGGAAUUAUUGGUGCAGGGCUUUCAAUGCCGCGUCAGGAUUUAAGCUUAAAGUCACCUCUAUUGGCUACAGAUUUAUUGGAAUUAUAUCAAAACCAAGCAAAAUCCAUGUUUACUGGUGCAUCAUGGAACAUAUUUGCAAAAACAAAAUAUUUUGCAACAACAAAAUAUACGGAUGAAGGACGUUCUUUAUUAUUUAACAAAUAUUUUGGAAAAAUCUGUUUAAAUGAAUCACUCACGGAGUUGGUUAUUCCUGCAGUAAACAAAGACAACAUGCAAUUACACUUGUUUACACGCCAUAACUCAGUUAAUGAUAAUUCAAAUGAUGCGCUUUUUGAUAUUCUAAUGGCCACAACUGCUGCACCCACUUUUUUCUCUCCUUACAAAAUGAGAAAUAAGGGCAUUUCGUAG